CUUUCCAUCCUGGAGAAGAUGCAAGCUCAGGAGAUCCUAAGGAGCCUGCGUCUACCAGAGUUAGAUGAUUUCAGCCAGUUUUUGCGUAACUUGCCCGCCACCACAUUAGUGGGUAUCGGUGCCUUUGCUGCUCUGCUGGCCUAUUGGUUUGCUAACCGGCCAAAAGCUGUUAAGCCACCAUGUGACCUCCUGAUGCAGUCCGAAGAAGCAGAGGGCUUUGAUGGAGCUCGGCGGUCUGUGAUUGGAGGCAGCCCCAAACUGCUGAACUAUUAUUAUGAUGAUACUCGGACCAUGUAUGAAGUCUUCCGGAGGGGGCUGAGCAUCUCUGGAGAUGGUCCCUGCCUUGGAUCCAGGAAGCCCAAGCAGCCAUAUCAGUGGUUGUCCUACAGAGAGGUGGCAGACAGAGCAGAGUUUCUGGGAUCAGGACUCCUCCAACAUGACUGUAAACCAUCAUCAGAACAGUUUAUUGGUGUCUUUGCUCAGAAUCGGCCAGAGUGGAUCAUCUCGGAGCUGGCCUGCUACACCUAUUCCAUGGUGGUGGUUCCACUAUAUGACACCUUGGGCCCAGGAGCCAUUCGCUACAUUAUCAACACAGCUGACAUUGCCACCGUGAUUUGUGAUAGACCUGAAAAAGCUAUUCUUCUCCUGGAACAUAUGGAGAGAAAUGAAAUUCCUGGCCUGAAAUUCAUUAUUCUCAUCGAACCACUGGAAAAGGACUUGAAAGAAAGAGGGAAGAAAUGUGGUGUGGAGAUUCAGUCCAUGAAAGAAGUUGAGGAUUGUGGACGAGAAAAUCAUCACCCUCCUGUGCCUCCUCAACCAGAAGACCUUUCAAUCGUGUGUUUCACUAGUGGUACCACAGGGAACCCGAAAGGUGCGAUGCUCACUCAUGGGAAUGUGGUUGCUGAUUUUUCAGGCUUUCUGAAAGUCACAGAGAGUCAGUGGUCACCCACUUGUGAGGAUGUACACAUUUCCUAUUUGCCUUUAGCACACAUGUUUGAGAGAAUGGUACAGUCAGUAGUGUACUGCCAUGGGGGGAGAGUUGGAUUCUUCCAAGGAGAUAUUCGCCUUCUGUCAGAUGACAUGAAAGCUCUACAUCCCACCAUCUUCCCAGUGGUCCCCAGACUGCUAAACAGAAUGUAUGACAAGAUCUUCAGCCAAGCAAAUACUCCAUUGAAGCGGUGGCUCCUGGAAUUUGCAGCAAAGCGUAAGAAGGCUGAAGUCCGAAGUGGAAUCAUUAGAAAUGAUAGUAUAUGGGAUGAGCUUUUUUUUAAUAAGAUUCAGGCUGGUCUUGGUGGGUGUGUUAGAAUGAUUGUCACUGGAGCAGCUCCUGCAUCUCCCACAGUUCUGGGUUUUCUUCGUGCAGCAUUGGGGUGUCAGGUAUAUGAAGGUUAUGGUCAAACUGAGUGUACAGCUGGGUGUACCUUCACAACUCCAGGGGACUGGACCUCAGGUCAUGUGGGUGCACCAUUACCCUGCAAUUACAUCAAACUGAUAGAUGUGGAAGAACUGAACUAUUUUGCCUCCAAAGGAGAGGGAGAGAUCUGUGUGAAAGGACCAAAUGUUUUCAAAGGUUAUCUCAAAGACAAGGAGAAGACUGAUGAGGCACUAGACAAGGAUGGCUGGCUUCAUACUGGAGAUAUUGGGAAGUGGUUACCUACAGGAACUCUUAAAAUUAUUGAUCGGAAAAAGCACAUAUUUAAGCUUGCUCAGGGAGAAUACAUUGCUCCAGAAAAGAUUGAAAAUAUCUACAUUCGAAGUGAACCCAUAGCUCAGAUCUAUGUGCAUGGAGACAGCUUACAGGCCUUCUUGGUUGGCAUUGUUGUGCCUGAUCCUGAAGUCAUGCCCAGUUGGGCAAAGAAGAAAGGAUUUGAUGGGACGUAUGCAGAGCUCUGUCAAGACAAGGAGCUGAAGCAAGCUAUAAUGGAUGAUAUGAUCAGACUAGGAAAAGAAAGUGGACUUCAUACCUUUGAACAGGUUAAAGCUAUUUACAUACACUCUGACAUGUUCUCAGUACAAAAUGGCUUGCUGACACCAACACUAAAGGCUAAGAGACCAGAACUAAGAGAUUAUUUCAAAAAACAACUAGAAGAGCUUUAUUCAACCUCAAUGUGA